CCCGCCCCCUUGAACCGGAACCUUUCCCAGCUCACGGCGACAGCGCUGCUUGUUUGUUGCAGCGGAUGUAGCCCACUGUAGAGACAACAAACGCUGCGCUCCUAGUCCGGAGAAACGCCUCGUUCGAAGAGCCAAAGUGCGGGGAUUAUGAGUACAUCUGGAUGCCCCUCUGGAGGAAGACAACAGUCCUGAAGCUGUCGCCUGGUUUAUAUGGUGUGGACUGCGGUCAACAAGGAGAUUUGGCAAAGGGAGGGGUGCGCUGCUGAUUCUGCCGUACCACUACUUGCCUGCCCACCUCUUUACUUUCCUAAAUGGCUCCCAUGUAUAAUGUCUAUCGUUUGACCCCGUGGAAUGACGUGUAACGGUCAGUUUCUUGCAUAUAAUUAGUUUGAUUCUGACUUGCUUCCUUUGGGCAAUCGCGUUAACGCCCCGGUUGGUCUUUUCAGUUUCUGUCGUGGUUGUAGUUGGCAGGAGGCGGACCUGAAUAAAGUGUCCGUGUGGUGCAUAUUGACUUGGAAGACCCACAGCUGAACGCUACACCAUGGGGAAUACUACCUCCUGUUGUGUUUCAUCGAGCCCCAAACACCGGAGAAAUAACCACUCGCGGCUGGAACCCUACCGGCCAGAGGCGGAGCUCAGCCGGGAGGAUACCGCCUGCAACCUGCAGCACAUCAGUGAUAGAGAUUAUAUCGACGACCUUCCUAUGGAGUACAACCCCUCGGACCACCCACGUGCCAGCACCAUCUUCCUGAGCAAGUCGCAGACGGAUGUACGAGAAAAACGGAAGAGCCUUUACAUCAAUCACCAAAAUCCGGGCCCCAUGAGACGGAAGUACAGCUCCUGUUCCACCAUAUUCCUCGAUGACAGCACCGUCAGCCAGCCCAACCUCAAGUACACCAUCAAAUGUGUAUCCCUCGCAAUAUUCUACCACAUAAAAAACAGAGAACUGGAAUCCAGAAUGGUGCAGGAUAUCUUCGACGAGAAGCUCCAUCCGCUGUCGAAGACUGAGGUGCCGCAGGACUAUGAGAAGCACAACCCCGAGCAGAAGCAGAUCUACCGCUUCGUCAGGACGCUGUUCAGCGCCGCGCAGCUCACCGCAGAGUGCGCCAUCGUUACACUGGUAUAUCUGGAGAGGCUGCUGACAUAUGCGGAGAUCGACAUCUGCCCCGCCAACUGGAAGCGUAUCGUCCUGGGAGCCAUCCUGCUGGCGUCCAAGGUCUGGGACGACCAGGCGGUCUGGAACGUGGACUACUGCCAGAUCCUCAAGGACAUCACCGUGGAGGACAUGAACGAGCUGGAGCGGCAGUUCCUGGAGCUGCUGCAGUUCAACAUCAACGUGCCGUCCAGCGUCUACGCCAAGUACUACUUUGACCUGCGCUCCAUGGCCGAGGCCAACAACCUCAGCUUCCCCCUGGAGCCGCUCAGCAGGGACAAGGCCCAGAAGCUGGAGGCCAUCGCGAGGCUCUGCGACGACAUGUACAAGGACAUCAGGAAGAACGCCAAGAAGCGCUCGGUGAGCGCCGACAACCUGACAGUGGUGCGGUGGGCCCCCGCCAUCCUCUCCUAACGCCGGCCGGCGAGACGUCACGGCGGCGGGAAGAUCGGAGGGCCGGGGGGGGGGGGGAAGAAGCAGAGGGAGGAAGAAGCAGAGGGGGGAGCAGACUGCCCAGUCGGGACCCCCUUAAGUAGCAAUACGAUGCGUAGAAGGAGGGAUGGGGGAGGGGGGCUGAAAGGACGGUGACCGCGAACUGCUUGUGGAUCAGAGGUUUGCAGUCGGUCUCUCCGAGAUAAAGAAACACACACACACAGACAGACACGCACACGCUCAAACACGACCCGCACGUGGCACUUUGCGUGCUGCUGCUAUGGUCCCACCAGUAGCUGUACAUACAAGGAGAGCCCACGGGUUGUCCGCAGUGGACCAACCAACUGAACUGGACUAAACUGGACAGUGGUGACAUGAGCCGGUGAGUUGACCAGACAGCAGGAAAAGUAAAGAAAAAAAAAAAAAAAUUGUGUGUUGAGUGAAAACGGCGACGGCUUCCAGAAACCCGAUCUGCGAGACGCAGAGUUUGACCUUGUCUGCAGUCUCGUACAUUCCCUCGAAAUCUUGACUGAAGCAUACAGUUCUCAAGGAUGGGACGAUGCCUAUUACGAGUUUCUUUGUUUUUUUUUCCUUUUUGAUUCCCUUCGUUGUUACUGGUAGUGUCCAUUCCCGUCUGCGACCUGCUGGUCAAAGCUGAUGUCGACGCGGACGCCAAACAGAAGUGCCAUUUCCAAGUCGUAGAGUAGACCCCUUCCUGGGAUCCACACCGUUACGUUCAGACUAAUCUCCUCAUCCCAUUAAGGCGCAUGCGCUCAGCGCUGUUACAUUCACAGUCGUUGACACCCAAAGCACUACAACGCAGCGACGCUUCUGCAACAUGAGCAAAGUGCAGUGGGUAGAGGCAGGGUCUUGGGCGAGUUCAGCCGGUGACCCCCGAUGGGGAGGGGUCAAGAGCAGUUUGUGGGCACACAGCCAAGUCAGGCCAGAACCAGUUAGAAAGCCGUGUCCCCGUUUUGUGAGUUUAGUGCAUGGACAGAAUUGUGUGUGUGAGGCACAGCUUAUGAAAUGGAAAAAAUGUCAUGGAAAUUACUUCCAAGAUCUGUGUUCUGUCACUUUGAGGCUCAGCGUUUAAGAUUGCCUUGUUCUUCAUCCACUGCCAUUGUCCAGCCUUUGGUGCCUGUAAUUAAUUAGUUAGCUAGCUUAGCACGUUGUUAACGUUUAUUAUUUUGUUAUUACAAUUCCAUUUAGAAACAACCAACAUUAUAUAUAAAAUUUUAUUUCAGCCCAAUUCUUUACUCUUGGAUGAUCUAUUAUUUUAAAGACUAAGCACAAAUAAAUCCUGAAAUUAAGAACGCAUAGCCACUAAAUAUAAUUUAAACUUUUUAUUACAAUGUUUUUUUUGUAUGGAUAAAACCUGAGUGAAUGACAGCAUUACUGUACAUUUGAUUGAAGCACUGCUUACAACAGAAAAAGCAUUGAUUGUAUAGAUUUACCAUUUGUCUCUACAGUGUAGUUACAAUACCAAUGUGCAAUCUACAGACUAUGGUUUACUGUAAAAAGAAAAAAGAAAACCUGUAUCGAUCCAAUAUGUACUGUAAUUGUGAAUGAAAGGUAUGUUUGACUUCAUGUGACAAAUCCAGAGAAGCAAAGUGCUCAAAAGAAAAUAUGAUCUAGAUAGGAGACGCCACUAAAAGAGUUUAUUUUGUCCUAAUGUUUUUCUCUUGUUACAUCAAACUUUUGCACUGCAAAAUAUCAGGUUUUAAAAACGAAAGCAAAUAUAAACUUAAAUAGGUUUUAUUAGUAAUAUAUAUUGUAUGUUGACAUUUCAAGCUUGUUUUAAGAUAAAUGUUUUCUUCCAAUUGAGCGUGAGACAGGUUUCAAGAAAACUUGUGUUUGAAAAAUAACAGUUUGAAACUUGUACUUGGUAUGCUAAGGUGAUUCAUUUGAAAAAAUCUUUUCUUAACAAGCUAGUUUUGUGAAAUAUAUUAUUUUGUCUUCAAAUUUCUGGUAAAAAGCGAUAUAUACCUUGACACAUACGAUGUAAUGGCAUUACAGGUUUUCAAAGCCAACCAAUAAGUUGGAGUAAUCAAAAUUAAUAGAAUCUCCUUUUAAUAGUACAACAUUUAAAGUCUCUCAUUGUUAAUAAGGCUACUUCUCUACAGUUCUUCCUUGAGGUGAACCAAAUGUUUCAAUCCCAUAUUUUUUUCUUGAUAAUAGUGUUAGAGGGGCCAUUUGAUGUUCAUGUUGUAUCAUUGUUGGUCAACGAUCCUCAAUUUAUGCUAAAUAGUACUUCAAAAAUGUAUAUUUGCAAACAAAUUGUUAUUCAGUGGGACAAAUUCUUGUAAAAGAGAUGUGACUUAUCUCGUUUUCAUGCUAACUCUAGAGCAGCCAAUGAUAAGAAUGUGUUUUCUGACAGGGGACUCCUGUUCCUGAUUCAGCCAAGUAAUGGCAAUAUAAUAUCAAAGCAACGCAAUUCUUGCAGAGGUUACGCCUGAGAUGCUUUUUUAUUAAUUUACGACAGCUCAGCUGUUUAUUGGUAGUUGAUGAAUCAAAAAAUAAUUAUUUUUAAAUAAGAUCCUACCCUCAGCAGCUUAAACAUACAAUGCUUCCCCACUUGAGCAUAUUCAAUUUGGUCUAUGAUGAACAUGGGUAUGUAAGAAGAGGUGUACCAAAGUAUCACGUAACGAAGGACUGGGUUAAAUCCAGCCCUCUUGCACAUGAAGUAUUUGAAAAACAUAAAUGGUGUAAACAACUUGAGAAGGAAAGCUAGUCUCCUGCAUGGCGCAUCGAGUGAGUGCAAAUUAAGGAACAAAAGUGCAAAAGGAUGUGUCUCAUGAAAAGCCACAGUCAGUUGUGAUUCAAAUUGUGUUCAAAGCUGGUUACAGAUUGUGUAUCUUAUUUAUUGUAUGUGUGUGCAUACAGGUCUGUUCUGUGGUCUUUGGUUUUUGUUCUUUUGUGCACCCAGUGGAAAACUUUGAGUCCCAAGUUAUAGACCAUGGGGAACUCUUUGUUUCAAACUAACGGACAAUGCCACGGCAAACUGAAGCUGAAGAGUUAGCCCAACAGCAGAGACUCUCGGGUCCUGUGGGCACGGAGUGUGUGUGUAUCAUAGCCUUGUGCCCUGAACUCUACCUCCGCACACAAUUUUAAUGGUUUUGUUCAAAUGUUCCCUGUUUCACUUCCUCCCCCCGCCCCCAAGUGAUUUUUCCUUUGUAAAUUGUUGAAAGUUCAGUUGGAUUUGCGCCAUUUUUUUCUGUGCUAACAAAAUGACUGCUGUAACCAUGGUCUCUUUUACCGUUAUACUUUCCUUCGAGUGAGGAUUUUUCUUGUAUUCUGUCAUUAUUGUUGCCAUUGUAAUCAAAUUUGCCUUGUUUCUCCAUGUAGCUCCCACCCCCCGUCCUCCACAUCUCUUAGCCUCUUUCUCCCUCUUCCCAUCUAAUUUAUAAUUCAAACAACAGUUUUAACAAAUUUUCCCCUCUAUCUUCCUUUUUCUGGUGCAAUGUUUAGAAUACACCUUCGCACAAAUUAAACUCCUAAAACCUUGCAAUACAAGUAUGUGCUUCUAAUUGUGUGUGUGUGUGUGUGUGACUCAAAAAAGUGUGCCGCUGAACCGUACCUGACUAUGAUUAUCUGUUCCCUCGUGUGGAAACGUUGUGAGAUUUAACGCCUUUUAAUGCAACGCCCUCAGAUUCUCUCUCUUCCAAGCUCUGUGGCUGCCAUCUUCAGCGAAUCGCUUUACAAAGGUCAAGUCUCUGCGUUACCAUGGAUCCCGCCCGGCUUUCGUUGCUACAUUCAGGGCUCAUUAUGGGAUGCAUGAAGAAACUCAAAGCAACAUUGGCACUCUUUGUAGUGUGACUUUUUAAGGAGAGGGAGCUGUCUCUGGCGACACUGGCCUUUACGGGAUAAGAACUAAUUAUGUUUACUCUAGAAACGUCUGUUUAUUUUGUUUGUUUUUUUAGCUUUUUUAUUCCAGCUAGUUUAAUAUACAACACAUCAAGUGUUUAAAAAUAUGGAUACCAUGGCCAUUUGCCAACCAUUCUUCAUUUCAAUGUUGGUCAUUCUGUAUAUUUUAUUCGUCCUCAGAGAAUAUUCCACUGACAACAUAGGUGUACUCUUAUCAGCAAAUCCUUUUGUAGUCGCCAGGCAUGUUUCUUUGUUGUUUGAACAAAGACAUGCCAAAAUCACCAUUUUAGGUUUCUAUUAAUUAUUGCAGCAGUGUUAAUUAUUGAAUUGGUAUGAUUUUGUUUGAAUUCCCUUAUACAGAUGAACGUUUUUUUAGCCAGGAUGAAUGAUUGCAUGUAUAGUUGUACAAUGGAAGCAAUAGUUUUAAGUUAUGUAUUUGCAAUUCAAUUAUAACAUAUGGUCAUCAACCUCUAGCCAUUAAUAAAACAAAUCCAAUCUUUAAAGGCAACGAUAAUAACUUGUCAAAGGCAUUCAAUGCCCAGCUCUGGUGUAGAUCUUGAUCUAACUACAUAGGCCUAUUUACUAAAGAGCACUCCUGCUGUCGGUGAAACGGCCUGCAUUUCAUGUCCAGACCAUCACGAUGCUAAACCCAUAAAGGAGCUCAUAAAACCUACCAUCAUAAAUUACUGCUAAUGGGAUGACAUAGCGCCUGCUACUAACAAGAUCCCAAAUCCAACUCUAAACAUAGCGACUACAUUCAGCAACUCGUCCUAAUGUUUAACCUGUAUCCAAGAUGUUAAGUUUAGAAACUUCUAAACAUUUAAAGUAAUGAACGCAGCUGUGGUGGCUUCAUAUAUGUAUAUGCUCAUCUAUUUUUCUCUCAGACGAGCGAAAAAUAUAUUUUGUUGUGGGCAGAUAUUUUUUGCCAGCUGUGGUGGCUAAGAGCGACCGGUGCUAAUCUCCAAUCCUCGCGGACAUCAUGGGACCGAACCAGGGAUCACUCUCUUUAAGGACCUGCUGGGGAUAACCUGGCCCAGCGGGGGAUGUGUAGGAAGGGCCGCAAGCCACAGAGCUACACUGAGCUUUAGUAGGGGAUACGCCGCAACCUUUCGCAGUGUCAGUAAUGAUAUUAAAAUGACACUGAUCGUUUAUUGUAUUUGUAGUUAAAUCUUGGACGUUUAUUCAAUUAGCCAUCCACAUGUCCUGCUUCUCCAAGUAAUAUCAAAAAGACUAACAACUCCUGACAAAUUUAGGCAUGACAAAAAAUGCAACGUUCUGGUAUGAAUCAAUGUUCUAGUUGACCUACAGUUCAAUACAUGUAAUAGCAUGUAAUAUAGUGACGUAUUUGUCUUUGGCCUAUUUUAAUGUGUCUGUUUAAUGGGUUUGGCAGUAUUUUAUGAGACACCUGAUCUUCGGCUGUGGUUCCAGAGCCUCCUCUGGCCUCUAGGCGUAUGAGAAGACCACGGCAGUGACAUUCAAAGAUAUGGUUGUUUAGCCAUAGAAAUACUAGCUAUUUAGAAAACAAAAAACAAGAGAAAGUUGACAAAAACAUCCAGAUUUAAUCCCAUAUUGCUACAACUGACCUUGUGCGAUCCGAAAUCUUAUACCGCCAUCAACACAAGGCCAUUGUUGCCGCACACAAAAAAGAUCAUUCAUAUCAAGACACAAACUAAACCAGUAGGUGGUGGGAAGAAGAGUCUCGAUUUGGCCCUUUUGGAAAACACACGUAACCAUUGUGCCCGGGCGGCCAUUACAAUAAUUUGCCAUGAGUAAUACAAGAGGCUCACAUUUCUCAUGUAAGGAGAGGCUUGUUAUUCUACCCCAAGGCCCACCCCACCAGCACCACCGCCAAAGGCCCAAAAAUAUCUCUGCAAUGCCAGUGUAACGACAUGCCUCUGGAAGCAUGGUAAGAAUAGACCCACAAUGGGG